UGCGAGCGUUGCAUGAACAAGGCGGAAAACGGCAGGUGCCUGCGCUCUUGACCCAGGACACUCGAGAGGACUGGUCUGUGUAGCUGGGGGUCGGCGGCGGAGAGCCUGCUGAGGCCGGUUGGGGUGCUGAAGAAGGCCUGGAGGCGAAAGGGCAUGACAUCUUCGCCCGUGGCACGCGCAUUUCAUAUUGCUGUCACGUCUAGAGCAUCUUCUAUUCGCUGCCUCGUGGCAUUUUCCGCUUGCAGGAAGGUUGGCAAUAUGGCGAGGCGCCCCGCGAGCCUCGAUGAACGCAUCGCCUGGCGAUGUUUGGCAGGCGUCGACCCCACCCUCAUCUAUAUAAGCCUGCGUGCCUACGGUCCCGAAGCUCUGUUUCGAGUCUCCCCCGUUUCUCGCGCUCACAUCCCUACGCCUCACGACACGCGCACGCCCGCGACGACAUGAGAUACGCCACCCUCCUCAGCCUAGCGCUCGCUCCUUCAGCGGCGCUCGCGCAGAACUCAACGUUCUUCGCCGGACUCGUCAGCGCGCUGACAAAUGCAGGGCUCACGCAGUUGAUCAGUGUUACGUCGAUGAUCAACGGCACCGCUACCGGUCAGGAAGUCCUGAGUGAUAUCUCGAAUGGCAGCCCUUACCUGCUGUUUGCCCCGAAUAACGAUGCUUGGUCGAAUGUUCCAAGCAACUUUACUAGCAGUGUCACCACUCUGGCGGACAUCUUCUCAUACCACGUCGUCCCUGGCAACUUCUCCAACGUACGAACCAACUACCCCAACAUCACCCUCGGCCAAACUCUCUAUAACGACUCUGCUACAGUGCACCUGGAGGGCAACAAGCCGCAGGUCGUGGCCUGGGCGACCCGGAACGACUCCAUGACGCACGUACUUAACCAGAAGAACGACUCGACGGUGGUCAACACGACGACAUUUGGAAACUUAACAAUAUUUAUAGUCAACCAAGUGUUGCAGGUGCCCGAGGACCUUGAAGACACCAUCCCGACGAACAGCCUGGACGCGUUCUCGACGGUACUCGAGAGCGCGACGCUCAGCUUCUACAACAGCAGCACGAACACGACGGGUGACGUCACCUUCUUUGACGCGUUCAACACCGGCUUCCACGGGUUCACGCUCUUCUCGCCGGAUGACGCGGCUGUCAACGCGUCGAACAGCACGCUUGCAGGUCUUGCUGGGAACCGCUCCGCAUUCAAUGCCGUGCUCUUCAACCACGCUAUCAACGGCACGACGCUGUACUCGCCGUUGCUCACGGGCUCUCAGAACUACACGUCCGCGGGAGGCGAGACGUUUUCGUUCAAAAUAAACGGGACCGGUCAGUACGUCACGCUCGGUAACACCACGGCAACCAUCGUGCAGCCGGACGUGCUCCUCCCGAACGGUGUCAUCCACAUCAUCGACCGCGUCCUGCUCGACACAGACUCGGACGCGAGCGCGGCCAGCUCUGCGCUCUCCUCUGCGACCUCCGCCGCGACGGCCUCGCAAAGCUCGCAGACCGCGCCCAUCGGCUUCAGCAUCACCUCCUCGCUUGCGGCCGCGGCGAGCAGCGCAGCGAGCAGUGCGUCGGCAGCGGCCAGCAGCAGCGGUAGCUCGGGCAACGGCGCCGCUGCACUCGGCUUCAACGCGCACAACCUGCUUGGCAUGGCUGUCGCUGUAGUCGCCGUCGUCUUUGGCGGGAUCAUAACCGUCUUCUAAGCUGGUUGUUCCUUUGGCGUGGAUCGUGCACGAAAGCGAUGGAGUUGCUUUGCUUUCACUUUUGUGACGACUUAUGUUCUGACGUUUUGCACGAACUUCCUUUGAUGACUCUUCUUUGUCAUGGACGAUUUCGCUGUACAUUUUAUAGUACUUACGUUAAUUUUUUCUUCUUCAGACUAGGAACUUUUCUGUGCCAUUUUACUAGUCAUAUACCAGCUCGAUAUUUUCUCAUGC